UUAGAAUGAGACAAGUAUACUUUCUUUCACUCUAACUCUAUUGGACCAAUGUACAUUAGCUCAGAACAUUCUGAAAACUUCUUCGAAAAGGAGCAGACUAUCGGUGUAUCCGUGCAUCUGAAGGAUAAAAAGAGGUUAAGUUAGUUGAGAACGUGCAUACAAUCAUCACUCGUAAACCGCGUAAACUAGAAUUAUAAUGGGUCGUCUUUUAGAGUUGCCAGAAAAAGGAGUCGAAUCCAAAACGUUUGUUUUUAUGGAUGAGGGACACACUUUGGGAAAUGCGCUCAAAUAUGUGAUAUCUCAAUACCCUGAAGUAAUUAUGUGUGGUUACACUCUUCAACACCCAGCGGAAUCAAAAAUGCUCUUAAGGAUUCAGACAAAGAAUGGAAAUGCAUAUGAAUUAUUGAAACGGGGUCUCGAAGAUCUUGCAAAAAUGUGUGAUCAUACUAUAGAAACAUUUGAUAAAGCAUAUGAAGAAUAUCAAUCUUCACAAAAUGCUUCUGAAAAUACGUGAUGUUAUCACUGUUUUAGAAAUAUAAUUCUUUUUUCAAGUAAGAAAAGCUAUUAAUAUAGUUUAAUCAGACAUAUUAAAUUAUUAAAUGUAACAAAAAGUACUUGCAUACCUGACUUCUUUUUUGGAAAUAUAAGUCUAUAUAAAAUAA